AUGAGCGAACUACAAUCUGAUCAGUUCAGUAACAAUGAACUUCAACCUCGUUCUGCUGCUGAUACAUCCGGGGCAAUUCGGCUACCGGGCUAUGGCCUACCGCUGAAUUAUUUGCCAGACAAGCGAGACAGAUUCCCUGUGCUCAUGGAAGACACUCACAAAAGUUGGAAAGCUAGUACUCUACUGGUUCGAGAGAUUUGCAUGCUCAAGUUCAUGGAGGACAUCACCAACAAACCUGAGUGGUGGCUCAAAGUUCGAGACCCGGUGGUUUCCGCCAAGUGGAAGGAGGAAGUGCUGGCAUUGGACUGGGCAGCGUACCGAAGCCAUGGAGACUUCACGAAGAACAUGGCCGAAGCGUGCAUGCAAGAACUCCGAAAAAAAGCAACGUUGUACGAGGAAACAGGUCUCAUUCCCGUGAUGGAUUACUCUACUUGUGUCAUCAAGUCAGACAAUCUUUUGCCUGGCUCGUUGACUGAUCGUCUGCAAGUCGCUGUCAAACCUCUUGAAGAUGUUCCCGACCACAAAAAGGAUUGGCAUCCUGGAAGUGACGGUAAAGUCCUCGACUUGGUGCACCCGUCACUCUUCCCACUCCUGUACGGCCGCUCACGAAUCAUGCACGAACGGAUCACAUUAAAUGACUGUCUCGAACUCGGCGGACGUGGAUUUCUAAUCCCCAAACCCGACGAAUCUGAUGUUGGUGAAGGUAGAACUUUCGACUGGCAAGGCGCACCUGUUGAGCUAGUGUCCACCAAGUUUCAGUGGUUGCCAUGUGAUGUCGCCAUUGACGACGACGGCCGGCCCACCAUUGAGAGUUAUAUCAACAACUUGCACCCAAGGAAACACUCAGAUCUGUACCCCUUGAUCGAAGAACUGAUACAGAAGUCUUUGCCAGCUUGGGACAUCAUCUAUCGUUGGGUGAGAAAGUUCCCAGUCCAGCGUCUGACCGCGCGAAAGGUCGGAAAGCGUGUCGCAGUUCCUGAUGUUGUCCCUGAGAAGGGAAACCAGUCAGACGGGAACGAAAGCGAUAUUCCCAUGGGACAUCAAGAUGAACACCACCUGGAGAUCGACAACUUGGCCCAACCCACGGCUUCUACUGGAGAGAAAAUAGGCAGACAGUCCGGGGACACCCAGGAAACCAAGCGACUGAAGACCGACGAAGCGGACUCUGAAGACUACGAUGAGAGCAAUGAUGAGGACGACUACGACGAUGACUAUGACGACGAUGAUGACAGUGACAGCGAAGACGAACAAGUUCGAGAGCCCUCUGCUUAUUUCAGAUUAUCGACCAAAAACAUCAAGCGCACCGGAUUCUUCAACAACACACCCCGCAUUCAAGUCAUCGUCAAAUUCGCCAACAUCCACCUCACACCCGAACAGCCAUCAUAUAACGGCGGCUCAUGGCACGUCGAGGGUCAACUCAACGAGCACAUCUGCGCCACAGCCCUAUUCUACUACGACAGCGCCAACAUUACCGAGUCCCAGCUUGCUUUCCGCGCUCCGGGGAACAGGGAGAAGUUGGAUCAGCGUCUCAACUACCAGCAGUACGAUCACAAGUCUAUUGAAACGGUUUUUGCGAUUCGAAGUAGCUCCGAUACGCUCCAGGAGGUAGGAAGCGUACUGACGCGGCCUGGGAGGGCGCUCUUCUUCUCGAACUUGAGCCAGCAUAAGGUGCGGCCUUUCCGGUUAGAGAAUCCGACGAAGCCUGGGUACAGGAAGAUUGCAGCUUUGUUUCUGGUCGAUCCUGCUGUGCCUGUGAUUUCGACGGCGAAUGUGCCUCCUCAGCAGAAGCAUUGGUCCGUGGUUAAGGACCGGGAUUCGGAGGCGAACGAGAUGGUUGAGACCAUGAGUACCCUGAUUGAAAUGGACGAAGCAAAGAAGCUACGGGAAGAUCUCAUGAGGGAAAGGACAGUUCUAUCGAAGACUGUCAAUGAAGAGCUCAGAGACGUGGAGUGGAGUUUCUGCGAGCACUGA